AUGGAGGACGCCCCGCCUCCGAUCCACGGCAGUAACACUGCGGCUGCUGCUUGUCCCUUUCCGCUGCUUCUUCUGCUUGCCGCUGCCGCCGCUGUGCCAACACUCAGCAAUGGGUACAAGAGAGAGGCCUAUAUCAACUGGCAUGUUCCUGUCAGUAUAUACAUACACUCUGCUUGUCCGUAUACUUUGUACCAGGGACAUGCUGUAUGCACUCUCCCUCUUUUGUGUUGGUUGCUGAUGUGUCGGCACCACGCGUGUAUUAUGGGUUGGGAUAAGAAAUUGUUUGACUUCUUCUGGAGUAUACAGUGGGGUGUUUGUGUGCGUGUGCGAGGGAUCUGUGUGGUUUUGAUUUCCCUAUUUUUAUUUAGCUGCUUUGGCAUUGUGUAA